AUGCGGUCCAUCCUCCAGCCUCUGGCUGGACGCACCGUCUUCGCUCCAAUUGAAACAAUCGUCUUCUUCGCUAUCGUCGGCACUCUCGCAUACUUCCAGGUCCUUUCAGCAAUUAAACACUCUUCAUUCUUCGCCCCAUCCGUUCCUUCAACACUCCGUCCAGCCCAUGCACUACUGCGUGAUGGCGAGUGGGUCGGCGUCGACGAAGACUGGUAUUUGAAACGCGUUAAAACAGCAGACUCUCGUCCAGUGGAAUUACAACAAUUAAUCUUUUCAUUAGAUUCCGCCCAGUCUUCGGUCGCAGUCGCUGCGGACUCCGCCCCCGUUGACCUCGUAUCCUUAUCACAAUCUAUUGAUAAUAUUACACACCAUAUUGCUCACAAGCUCUCCACCCCAUCGGGCGAGACUUACACGUCACUAUGCUAUUAUCCAAUCACUGGCGAAUCUUUGUUACCCGCUUCAUGUUUCACCACCGCAUCUCUCCAGACUUCGCGCUCAAAGAUGGUUACGCUGUCUUUUGCUGCUGGCGCUAGCGAUGCAUUUAUAGACGCGUUGAACCAUCAACCCACCUUUACGGCUGAUGAACUAGGAGUCAGAUACCAGAUAGAGACGCAUGUCACGGAGACAAUCGGAGAAAUGAAAGGUGGUAAAUGGAUGGCUUACGCUGCACGAGCUCUAAUCGUCCGUUUCUGGGAGCUUACCAAGAAAGCGGACUCGCUCGACAUUCUGCUCGUUCUUGUUGGUUACAUCCUCAUGCACGCGUCAUUCAUUCGUUUGUUCUUCUCAGCUCGUGCUCUUGGUUCCAACUUGAAGCUCAGCCUUGCGAUCUUGUCAUCAUCCAUCCUCGCGUUCAUGCUCGCUCUCCCCAUCUCGCACUACCUUGAGAUUCCUCUGGAUCCAAUCAGUCUCACCGAAGCUCUGCCCUUCUUUGUGUGCACGGUUGGCUUCGAUAAACCCCUCCGUCUUGCGGCUGCAGUGUUCAAUCACCCUCAUUUGUUAUCUCCCGUUAAAGAGGGCAGGUGGCGUGGGCAGAUGAAACCCGCCGGCGAGGUAGUCAUGGAAGCAAUUGAAAACAGUGGCAAUGCCAUAUUGCGCGACUACGCACUGGAGAUUGCAGUCCUCGCUAUGGGCGCCAAAAGUAAAGUUGGUGGCCUGAAGGAGUUCUGUGCGCUUGCCGCACUUACCCUGACAUUGGAUUGUGUUCUAUUCGGUACCUUUUAUGCUGCCAUGCUGGCAAUUAUGGUUGAGGUCCGGAGGAUCAAAGCAGCUCGUGACAUGACCAGGUCCCGGAGCUCAAAUAAUCUGACUACUGAACGCAAACCAAGUGCUCUCGUCCGUUCGCCACCUCAAGUCCAGGACAACAGCCUUAGCCGCCAGCUUUCAGAGACCCUAUUGGGUGUCAAGGGUUCUAUGCUCAGACAGAAGAACAGCCCACCGCCAGAAGUUAAGGAAGAGAACCCUCUUGCACGCCUGAAGCUUCUUCUCAUCGUAUCUUUCCUGACGCUGCACAUUUUGAACUUCGCAACCACUCUCACACCCGCAACCAUCUCGAGAUACCAAACUCAGACUUUGAUUGACUCUGCGGUCAGCGAGUACUCUGUGUCGCACAAAGUCGACAUUACGUCUCCUGCCAUUGCUAGUGUGCUCGCCAACCUUGCCGCUAUUGACAUAACGUUCCAGGCAGAAGAAGAAGCCAUCGUAUCUGCUCCUGCCGAUCUCCUUGUUAAGAUUGCCCCGCCCCUAUAUAUCCGUGUCACACCACCUGGUCCUGUUCGUCCCCGCGCACUCUUCAGAUCUACGGAGGCACUCGAGAGCUUCAUGACUGGCUGGACAACACUCGUCGGCGACCCCAUUCUGUCAAAGUGGAUCGUGAUUGUGCUUGCUGUCAGCGUCGCGCUCAACGGUUACCUUCUCAAGGGCAUUGCUGAGGGUGCCAUGCGUGGACUACAGCCCAACAACGUGCGGUUCAGAUCGGUUGUUGCUGAGAAACGCGAGAAGGAUGAUGAGGAAAUUGUGACACCUGGGGUUAAGACCGCUGUUGGACGCAGACGGUCGUCCUUCAUGGUUGGUGAUUCGAAGCCGCCUUCGCCGAGUUCUUCAGAUUCCGAGAAGCCUAUUGCCCGUCCCCUUGCUAUCCGCCCUAUGCGUGUCCUCGCACCCAUUGCAAUUCCUGCUGCCAGUGGUGUGUCUGCACAAAUGCUCGACAUGAAACUCCGCGCACAAGCUGCACCCGAACCAAGAGAGGACCAGCCGCUUCAGUUCCCUGUCCGGUCAUUGGAGCAGUGCAUUGAGAUCUUUGAGAAUGGGCCUCGUCCUGCUUCGGCUGCUCUUGCGACGUUGAAUGACGAGGAGGUUGUCAUGCUUGCGCAGAACGGAAAGAUUGCGGCGUAUGCAUUGGAGAAGGUACUUGGUGACCUUGAGCGGGCUGUGACCAUCCGUCGCGCAUUGAUCUCCCGUGCAACUCUCACUCAGACCCUUGAGUACUCGGAUGUCCCCAUGCACAACUACGACUACUCUCGUGUUCUUGGCGCGUGCUGUGAGAACGUUGUCGGCUACAUUCCUAUCCCGCUUGGUAUUGCCGGCCCACUCAACAUCGAUGGCGAGCUUGUCCAUAUCCCCAUGGCUACUGCUGAGGGUACACUCGUUGCCUCUACUUCGCGUGGUUGCAAGGCUCUCAACGCGGGUGGAGGUGUCACAACGGUCCUCACCAACGACGCCAUGACACGUGGACCUGCCAUCGACUUCCCUUCCAUCGUCAUGGCUGCAGAAGCUAAGCUAUGGAUCGACUCGGAGGAAGGCUUUGAGAUCAUCCGUGAGGCAUUCGAGUCAACGUCGCGUUUCGCCAAGCUUCAACGCCUCAAGACUGCCAUGGCUGGUCGUACACUCUUCGUUCGGUUCGCGACACGCACUGGUGAUGCCAUGGGCAUGAACAUGAUUUCCAAGGGCACGGAGAAGGCGCUUGAGGUUAUUCAGAAGCAUUACCCGGAAAUGAUCACGCUUGCGCUAUCAGGCAACUACUGCACGGACAAGAAGCCUGCUGCCAUCAACUGGAUUGAGGGACGCGGGAAGAGUGUGGUGGCUGAGGCUGUCAUUCCUGGGAGGGUUGUCAAGAGCGUGCUGAAGACUACGGUUGAGGCGCUCUGCAAUCUCAACACGAAGAAGAACUUGGUUGGAAGUGCUAUGGCUGGUUCGAUUGGUGGCUUCAAUGCCCAUGCCGCGAACAUCCUUACUGCGGUAUUCUUGGCUACUGGUCAGGACCCUGCGCAGAACGUGGAGAGUUCGAAUUGUAUGACCCUCAUGGAGCCAACUAACGACGGUGAAGAUCUGCUUGUGACUAUAUCUAUGCCCUCGAUUGAGGUUGGCACUGUCGGUGGGGGUACCGUUCUCGGUCCCCAGGGCUCUGUUCUCGAGAUGCUCGGCCUCAAGGGCGCACACCCAACUACCCCCGGCCAUAACGCACAACGCCUUGCUUGUAUUAUUGCUGCUUCCGUCAUGGCUGGUGAACUUUCGCUUCUCAGUGCUCUCGCCGCCGGUCACCUCGUCCGUGCGCAUCUCGUCCACAACCGCUCCCAAGCCAACACCCCAACGUCGUCACGGCCCGUUACCCCCGGACUCAUCGCCAGCGACAUUGUUUGGGAGCAAAAAACCGCCGAGAAAAGUCUCGGAUCGCGGCCUGAUCCUGUCCUCUUACAUUCGUUAUCGACGACAUCAUUACCCCCAUACACAGCAAACCCGGAGAGUGAGACCAAGCAGUAG